GUAGCAACAAUGCAUCAUGUACAGCCCGACUAUUCCCUUUGCCAGCUCCGUAGGCAGCGUUAUCCACACGACUGUUACAAUCUCUUCGAAAACUGACCAGUCGUUACGGUCUUGCAAGCAUCUAAUCUCUCUAACUUGUUGUACUGUUUAAAUGUUGUUAUGAAUAUGCAGCGCGAGCGCAAGCGUUUCUUUCGAGGUGUAUACGAUGCAAUGCGUCUCCCAGGUAUGAUCAAGCGAAAGAAGUCAACAUCGACACUACCAGAUGUGUUCCCAAGCAGUGCUUCACUGUUCGCUUCAUUUCCGCGCCAAAGCCAGCAAGGCACACUGGCACUUCCCUCCAAGCUUGAUGAAGUGGCAGAAUCGAUCCACGAAUGUGUUCCACAGCAACUUCCAGGAGAGAGUGCGAGUCAAGACGAUGUCCGCUACUUCCUCUAUCAAGUAUUAACCCUGAAGGAGUACAAUCUGGCGCGGAAAAGUCCGCAGUGGGUACUGGAGACUUGUAUGCUUUGGCAAGGGGACGGUAAUAGGCUCAGAUCUCUGCCACUCGACGCCUUCCAGCAACUUUGUCCCCUGCAUCCAGGAUACGCUGCUAUCGACUGGACCGUCAAAGGCUCCAAGUAUCGACGUCAAGACAUACCGCCAUGUGGCGUUCGUGAUGAGAUCGGACAUCGCGUCAAGACCAUAGUAGAGGGCUUGAAAAGAAAGGAGGAAGGUCAUCGAGGUCCAGGAUGGCAGAACUUAAGCAUGUCUAAGCCUGGUGCAGCCCCGCCCGUAGAGAUGGCCAGAACGCAGAACCCAACUUUUCCAGGGAAUCACAGGUUUCAGAUGGCCCAGUUUGCACCCACUUCUGGUUUUCCUGUCCAAAACCAUUUUUACAGUCUUGGAAAUCAUUCUAUGCCCCUUUUUCAUCAGGUCCCACCUGUUGGUAUCCAGCAGAAUGCGCCUUAUAUGCGGCGUCAGCCUUCCAUCACCGCCCCGCACUAUUUACCUCAUGUUGCCGGCAUGGAACAGCAUCAGCCCAUCGCCGCUGGGAACAGUCAGCACAUCCCAAACGGUGACCGCAGUUCUCCAGUCUCUUUGUCGGGUUCACCAAUAUCCUCCUAUUGUCAAACCGGAAGUAUCUCGUCUCGACUUACUGAGUCUACUGCCAAAACAUCACCUCCAAUUUCGGAAAGUGAGCAUCAAUUUCGGCUUUCAAAUAUCGACCAGUCAUCAUUAACUACCGAGUCCAUGAGUGGCAGUCAAUGCUCUUUGUCGAGUUCGUGCCAAGACUCUCCCCGGCGGACUCAGGCGGUGCCACCAAGCCGGUAUAGAGGCACUCAGCCAGCUCCACAUUCUCGUCUGCACGAUCAAUCUUUCCAUCCAGCACACUAUAUGACUAGUCUUCGAUCUCCAUCGUACAACGGUUCGAUCUAUGCUCGAUCCGAAGCGUCUUUGACUCCUUCUGACAGCGCAACGAACAAGUAUGGAUUCCGACGCGAUUCAGCCAUGCCACCAGAAACAAUACAGCAAGUCGUCAGAAGUCCAUCUUUAUACUCUCCUUCGAUCAUCUCGAACCUCUCUCGGCCUUCUACCCAGCAAUCAUUCGUGACCGCGCCACCUUGCCCACAGAGUGUUGCUUCUCCUCGGCUAGGCACUGCGACACCAACCAUACAUGGUCAGAACACCUUCGCGCGUCCCAUCAACAACUACAGAGUCGAUGCUCACGCACUCGAUAAAGCUGAAAUGAUCGGUUACAAGUCGAUGUCAGGACCAAUGCGUUCGCUGAUGGCCGACGAGGAGAGGACUCGCAAGCUUACUCGAGACAAGAGCGACGCUAGGCUCAACACAUGCCAGAAUAACUCCCCUAAAAACGUCCUUGGAGGGGAAGAUCCUGUAGGCCCCCUUUUGAGAUUCCAAAAUCCUAGGACAGGGCAGCCUAGGCUGACGAUCUACGAAACAAUAGAGCAGCAAGAAAGGCUCGGCAAACAAUACCUCGAUAAUCAGAGACGCGGAGAGGUGCAGCAGGGACGAUUGAGAACGGUUUACGAGACGAUUGAAGAGCAGGAACUUUUAGAUAGAAGAGCUCAACGCGGUUUGGACAAUUAUGUAGGGCAGAACUGGUCAAACUACUUGUGA